GACACACACAAAAAAAACUUGAAGUCGCAGUGAUGCCUGAUGUGCUCCGACUCGGCCACAGUGUUGGAGGAAUGCGCUUUUGUCGCUCGCAGGGGGUGGAGUUAGAAAGUGAACGAGCGCUGCCUACCAAACAGAGAGAGGGAGAAGGAGGAGAGAAAGAGAAAGGAGAGAGACGGGUGGGCAGGCUGCUCACCGUAAACGAUGGUUGUCGGAUAGAGUCUUGAAGACCUAAUGAAACUGGCUGGUUGAAUUGUUUUGCAGCGAUCACAAGAGCUCAGCAGAGCCCGGCGUGCUUUGCAUCUCCCGGAUCCUUUUUUGGAAGGAGGAGAAGAAAUAUAUAUUUAAAAAAAAAAAAGAAACUGCAGCAGCAGGCAUAUAACAAGAACAGUUUAUAAAAGAAGAUAUCAUUUUACCACCGCCUUUUUUUUUUCCCCACCACCCUUUUGUAAGCCUUUUAUUAACGCCAGCAGCAGACAACUCUUUCCCAGCGGACAGGACCGUUUCAUGCCCGGAGGUAGACCGACCUCCCGCUUGGACCCAAUACCGGCCUCCCACACUCCUCUGACGGGCUCAGAAGCAGCAGUUCCCGGCAUUUGCUGGGAUGUUUGAGUCGCGUUGUUUGGUGGGGUGAAGGGAACCGAGAGAGUGGCCGGAGAGACCGAAGGGACGGAGGCCGAGAGAGGAGCCGGGAGCAUGGCUCUGGUAGCGCUGUCUCUCUGGGUGCUAACGAGUCUCACCUGGGCGGACGUGCUCCAGGUGUCAGCCAACAGGCAUUCCGUUUACUGGAACAGCUCCAACAUACAUCUGCGCAGGGAGGGCUACACAAUGCAAGUGAACGUCAACGACUACCUGGACAUCUACUGCCCUCAUUACAAUGACAGCCAGCGCAUGGUGGGCACCGGUGAACAGUACGUCCUCUACAUGGUCAGUUAUCGUGGUUACAGGAACUGCGACCCCCAGCUGGGCUUUAAGAGGUGGGAGUGCAACCGGCCCCAUGCCCCACAUGCGCCCAUCAAGUUCUCAGAGAAGUUCCAGCGCUACAGCGCCUUCUCGCUGGGCUACGAGUUCCACGUUGGACAGGAGUACUACUACAUCUCCACGCCCACCCAUCAUCACGGCCGCAGCUGUCUGAGACUACGAGUGUACGUCUGCUGCUCCACGGCCUCUGAUGUGGAUGAUGAGCCAGAGCCUACAGAACCAGACUACACGCUUAGACCAGGCCUGAAACUUGACGAUAUUGAUGAAUUUAACCCCUUUGUUCCCAAGCUGGAGAAGAGCGUUAGCGGAAGCAGCCCAUCCAGGGAUCGCCUUCUCCUUACCGUGACGAUGCUCCUUCUGGCCGCUCUCUUCAUCUCCUAGCAACGGCCAUCCCAUCAGCGUCACCAUGCCAACUAGCCUGGGGAGGGUGUACAGUAUCAGCGGGUGGGAAAGUGUCUGUAUGUGGGGAGGGGAGUGGGGGUACAGGGUGAGUCAGGAAGAGGAGGAGAAGAGAAUUAAGGUACCACAAAUAGAGCAAGAGGAGCAAGAAAUUAGAGUUUUCAAGUGUGUGUGUGUGUGUGUGUGUGUGUGUGUGUGUGUGUGUGUGUGUGUGUGUGUGUGUGUUUGUAUAGCUGCGUGUUUGAGGGAGUGUGGUUUUGGUGGAGUUGAAAGACCUUAAGGCACUGGAUGACACAGACUGAACCGUAUGUUCAUGUGCAUUAAAGUCAGCCUCUGCACACAGAUGCAGGUGUGGUAGACUGUGUGUGUGUGUGUGUGUGUGUGUGUGUGUGUGUGUGUGUGUGUGUGUGUGUGUGUGUGUGUGUGUGUGUGUGUGUGUGUGUGUGUGUGUGUGUGUGUGUGUGUGUGUGUCUCUGAACAAGGCCACAGGUUGAGCUUGUUGAAUCAUGCACACCACACAAAGCAUUUAUACAACAGGAGAGGCGGGGCUGAAAUCCUACUAAAAAGAAGAAAAAGCAUCCAAUCCACCCACCCAAUUGAAAACCAUUUGAAGACUUUCCCCUGGAUCUGAUUGGCUGAAACACUACCUUAGGGCUAGUUGCCAUAGUUUCUUGCAACAAGACUUAAACUGAACUCAUAUGAACUGAAUCAAAUAGAUUUCAACAGAACUGAACUGAAAUUGCCUUUUUUUUGUUGUUGUUGUUGUUGUUGUUGAUCUUGAUGCUGGGAACUUGUCCCAGUCCACGGAGGAAAAAAAAAAAAGGAACCAGCUGACAAACUGCUGCAGGUCCUGUGUAGGAGACUAGUCAAAGUAGCUGAUAGUUCAUAAACACACCCUGGGACUCCAGACGCCAGUGUUUUAGUUGUCAUCUCCACUCUGCUGUGUCAUUCUGUGUUCACCAUCAGUCUCCAGCACAUCUCUAAUGAACGUGACAGGACAGGACGGGGUCAGGGGGAAACACAGAGCAUCUGAACGAUAAAUCAUUCACUUAAGCAUCAAUUAAGGGGGGGAAAAGACGAGAAAAGGAAUCUACUGUAGAUGUGCCAUUGACACAGAAUCCACAAGGGUUUGUUGAUGUUAUAAGUUGCUGUGUUACUUUUCUGUCCCGUCUUUGAAGUACUAGGUUAGUCCUCUGUCAUCUCUGAGGUUAACGAAGCACACGAUGGCUACGGAGCAGCCAUGGAUACACUCAGCAAUACUGCCCUCCUCUUAACCGGCUGCAGGCUGUUUGGACAAGAGCGAGAGGAGGAGGGGGGAGGAGGUACGAAUGGAGGAAGGACAGUCACUCACACAAGCAUCUAUGAACACAUCCAAGCUCAAGCUCUCCACUCAUCAGUGUUGGUGUAGCAGCCUACUCCACCAAUCUCAUCUCUGUAAACCCAUUUGUCAGAUGCCACAUGUAAACAGUUUUCUGUUACUGUACGAGUGUUUGUGUGUGCUUGAGUGACAAAAACAUAUGUCUGAAUGGUGCCACGUGUGCAUGUAUGAGAGCGAGAGAGACUAUUUUAAAUGGUACUAACAGCCUGAAAAUACAUCUACAUACUGUACAUCUUAUAAGUAUGAAAAUGCAAAAUAAUAAAAAAAAAAAUCAAAACACAACUAAAGCAACAAGUAAUACAUACAAACCAAGUGCUUUGGUGGGGAGGUACGGCAAUUCAAAACUCAAACAACUGUACCAGUCAGUUGCUGCAGAAUAGCGUUUCCAUAGCAACUAGCACCUUAUUCACCAUGGUUACCCCACCCUGCCAACAAUGGACUCUAGUAGGGCAUGGUUUACCAUAGUAGCUGAUAACAAUGAUGAAGGUGAUGACGAUUAUAAUGAAGAUGAAGAUGAUGGACUGUGAGCUGACCGUUGGCCGACCAGGCCUACACAGCGGCUCACCCACCGGCGUGUGAGACAUUCAAGUACUCGUGUAAAUGUCACAACGGACAAAGAAUGGAAUUCCAAUGUCUUGAAAUUUGCCAAGGUGGAAUGUGAUGUAAGCAUUUUUACAAACUUGAAGCUCAGUUUCUUUGUGGUUGUUUUUCUUUCCUGUUUCUAUUAUUAUUUUGUUGAGUUUGCUGUGGUGUAUUUUUUGGUCAUCUUGAGGGGGGAGACAGGGGCUUAAAAGUUGGAAAUUUGGGUGGGUUGAGCCAUAUGUAAACUUGGGCUGCAUUCUGUGAGUCUCUUUCUGUUUCUAUUAAUAUCAAUUUUGAACAAAUCAUGUAUAGUUGUGGUUCCCAACCCUUUUAGCUGGUGACCCCAUUAUGUGACACUCCACCAAUUAAUUAUAUACAUUAGGUUCACUGGGCAUGAGCAGUUAUUAUUCAGCUGUGAACAGUUAUAAAAUGUCUCCUGUGUCUCUGAAGUGAGCCUUUUAAAGUUUGAGAAAAUAACCCUAAUGGUGUCACUUUAGUUUGGAUGGGCUGAGCCUUGAAAUUUUCAACAGAAAACUGUGUUGCGGACGAGUGUCAUAAAGUUUCAAAUCAUGACCAUUUAGGGACGUACUAACAGAAACAAAUUUCAGAGUUGCUUCUAGGUUGUGUUGGAUCCAGUGUUUUUGGAGUUUAGGACUGAAUGUCAGCAUAUGUCAACCUCUCCUUUACCAGUUUAAUUUUCGACCAGGGGAUGAUUUUACUUCAUCCCCUGGAAAGAAAAAGGACGGAUUAGAAGAAAAUAUUAAAUAAUAAAGCAGAUUUUUUUUUUCUGCAUAACAAUCUCAUGACCCAUCAUAUUUGUGUUGCACCUGUCCACCAGGUAGGGAACCACUGAUAUAUAGGAUUGUAUUCUUUUUUGUGUGUGCACGUAGUUCUGUGGCUUUAUACCUAUAGAAAGGAAUGAAGAUCAUGUAGUUUUGGAGCAUCACUGAGUGCGUUACCUUACAGUGUGUGAACUAACCCAAGUAUAUAUAUGGCUCUUGGUGGGAGGGCGAGGUAGGAAGGGUUUUGGGUUCCUGGUGUGGAGUGAGAGGGUAAAUCACUCUUCAAGAAGUUGCACUUAAGAACUUAGACACGAGAGCAAGAAAGUGUGCGUGUGUGUGUCUGCCUAUCUGUGUGCCCAUCUGAAUAUCUGUGUGUGUGUGUGCUUGUGUAUCAGGGAGUGUAAGAAUCAGAGGUCAUAUCUGUUAAUCACUUCAUGUCUGCGUGCAGGAGCUUUAGCAUGAGAUGUUGUCUGUCUUUGUGUGUGUACUGGUGUCAGUGUGUACGUGAGCGAGUGAGUGGGUGAGUGAGUGAGCAACAGUCUCUUUGUUUCUGCUCUUUCUGUGUGCGUGUGAUCGAGAGAGUGUGACCGAUUAUUGUCUGGCAAAACAAAAAAAAGCAUUUAAUAGUGUUGGAAACAACAAUUACAAUCAUGUUUACCUUCGACUGGAAUGACUUUAAAUGAACUUGAAAAUAAACUGUAAACUGAACAAACCAUAACAGAGGUUAUAACAAUGAUCAUGAUAACAAAAUAAUAAGCUUACAAAUCUUACUUUUAACAA